AUGACCACUUUCUUCUCCCAUUUUCUUUCCGCCGCCGCACGAGCUUUUGUUUCCUCCCUCUCCAUCCCUGUGACCUGCGGCACGACGGAGAAGCCCGAAAUCAGAAGGAAAAGGAUGGAAGACAGAGAGCAAUGGUGGGUACUAAUGGAGAGUUGUGGGUUUCAGGCUGUGGCGCUGAGCAAUUACGCCAUGAGCCAGGCGAAGAUCCUUCUUUGUUUCCCUCCUCACAAAUCCUAA